UAUUAGCCAGCGAGACAUCUCUCUGGAGAAAAUAUCACUGGCUAGACACAUUUUUCAUUAUCCUCCCCUCCCCUCCUCUUCUAAAUACUACCCGGACAUUUCAUUCAUGGCUAUACCUUCCUUGCUAGUAUACCUACCUGCAUUAGUCCUAAUAAUAAUACAUGACAUUGCAUUGCAUUGCAUCUCUCAAUCCGAUUCCAUUCCAACUUCAUUCGCACUGCAUAUCCUUUCUGUCAUUCUGUCUCUUCUUUUUUCGGGGUUUCUUUUCUUUUCCUUUAUCGCGCGUCUUGCCCUGAUCUGUACAUGUAUUCAUGUAUGCACCACCGCCAUUAAUUGAUUUGAGCGGCACUGCAGCUGCAACGCUGUGCAGCAAGAUCGUGUGAUGCGGUGUAGAGGUUCGGUAAUUAUUUGACUUGUUGAGGAGGCGAGGGUGUAGAAGGGAUCAAGGAUUUUAUUUGUGCCAGGAUGAAUGGUCGUGUGAUUAUGGUUAGUGUUCGAGAAAGGCCUUUGGUGUAACAGUCCAGAGUGUGUGUUGUCUGAUCGAGUGAGAUGUAGAGCUGAAUACUGUAAUAUGGACUUAGCAUUGAAUAGUAAGUAGAUGUAAAUGUUGAUGUAA